UGCUUCAUUUGACUGCUAACAACUGAUGGCUUUGUCAGUGCUGUUCAUCUAAGAAGAUGAAGCUGCUUUCAGAGCUAACCCUUGUGGCUGUGCUAUUUCUGCUGUCAGGCAAAACCUCUUCUGCCAGUGACGCAUAUUCAGAUGUAUGCAAAACAUUUGGUAGUGGAAUCAUUCAAACUUUCAAUGGCACCUAUUUCCACGUGAAAUCAACUUGCCAGUUUACUUUCAGCAAACAGGGUACAGACUAUGACAUACAAAUACAAAGAGAUGAAGAUGGCUUUCUGGCGAAAGUGAUCAUUUUUCUUAAUAAUAUAGAAACCAUUUUGGAAAAAGGUCAAAUAAAUGUUGAAGGGAAAAAUGUUAAUCUUCCUUAUGAUCACAAAUAUCUACAUAUCCAUGAGUAUGGCAUCUACACUCAGCUGGAGAGCAGAACAAAAAAGCUGUCACUCUUUUGGUAUGAUGAGGGUGGUUAUAUCAGCUCACUUUGGUUGGAACUAGAUGAAGAACGUCGUAAGGAGUCAGUUGGUUUGUGUGGCAGCUAUGAACUUCCAGAUGACAGCAAGAAAUUGAUUUCUGAAUAUCAGAUUUCUAAUGGAAACCAAUGUGAAACCAAGGAUGAAAACACAGAAUGUAACGAAGAGCAUUGUCAAGACGUUAUAUCAGAAUAUUUCAUGGAUUGUGUGGAUAACCCCGAUACCUUUAUUGAUCUUUGUGCAACCAAUGCUUGUGGCUACAAAAACAAAACCAAGUUUGAAUGUUCACUUUAUGAAGAAUUAACACAAAUUUGUAUCGAGGAAAAUAUAUAUUUAAGUACAUACACAGGGUGUGGUGAACCAACUUGUUCUGGAGAUCUAAUAUUCACCAAAUCUGGAAAAGCCUUCAUGGAAACUUGUUCUAACCCUAGUACACCAUCUAAUGUACCUUUUACAAAGACUUGUACAUGCCCAACUGGCAAAGUUCUUAAUGAUCAUGUAGGAAAAAAACAGUGUGUGAAACUGGAAGACUGUCCUUGUGUAUUUGCUGGAAAGGUGUAUCAAGCUGGUUACAACCUUGCAACAAAGUGCCAGAAAUGUGUUUGCAAAGAUGGGAAAUGGGAUUGCUCUCAGAAAAACUGCCCUUCAAGAUGUAAAAUUGAGGGCAUUUUCGUGACUACAUUUGAUGGCAAAGACUACAGAAUUCCAGGACCAUGCAAAUAUUUUGUUGCUCAGGGGCUUAAUUGGACUCUUGCUGUUGAGUUUUCUAAAAAACAAAUCUAUUUAAGCAGUGUUAAACUUGAAAUUAACAAGGAACUCUAUGAAUUCUCCAUAUCAGACAAGAACAAUCUUGAAAAAUAUGAAUUUUACAAAUCAGAACAUCUGAAAACUUUCCGACAGUCUUCAAUGUACAUUCAAGUAGAGACAUCUUUCGGGUUGAAGAUGCAAAUUCAGGUGUCUCCUUUAAUGCAGCUGUACCUAACAUUACCCGAAAAACUCAAAGGGACAACGAAUGGUCUAUGUGGGAACUAUGAUGAUGACAUUAAAAAUGAAUUUACUGCAAGCAAUCAUAUUAUUGAGAAUUCAGCUGAUGAAUUUGCGAAUUCCUGGGUGUCAGGAACCUGUGAAGACAAGAUACCAACGAUCUGCACCAAUACACCAAAUGACUUAUAUGGAAAAAAAAACUGUGACUAUAUCAAGGACCCUACAGGGCCAUUUGCUAAGUGCCAUGAUUAUGUGCAGUAUGACAACUAUAUCAGGACCUGUGAAGAAAGUGUGUGUCAUUGUGCUGAAAAUGUUCAAGAUUGCUUGUGUACUGCUCUUGGUAACUAUGCCAAAGCUUGUGCUGCCCAGGGAAUAAUUGUGGAAGACUGGAGAAAAGAUGAUUGCAUUGUGUCAUGUCCCAAGAACCAAAAAUUUGAAUACAUCAUGACAGCCUGCAAUCGUACCUGCCGCUCCCUCUCUGUGUACGACUUUACGUGUGAAAUCAAAGACGACCCUGUGGAGGGGUGUGGAUGUUCAGAAGGCUCCCACAUGGACAAUGAACAGACCUGUACAUCAACAUUUCAAUGUCCGUGUUACCAUGGAAAUGACAUUUAUAAGCGGGGGACUUUUGAUAUCGCUGGAUAUCAAUCCUGCAAUUGUGAAGAUGGGAUACUUGACUGCAGUCCUAAACAAAAUUGUACAAAGGAGAAAAUAUUUGUUUACUGUGCUCAUUCUUCUGUAAGCACAAGUCAAAAGACAUGUGAUAGUUUAAAUCUGCCAAAGCACACCAGCGAAGAAUGUCAGAGUGGCUGUUACUGUCCAGAAGGAAAAUAUGAAGACCAUAAUGGAAAUUGUGUUCCUCAUGAAGACUGCACGUGUACAUAUAGUGGUCAAGUGUACAAACCUGGAGAAAAAUUAAAUUUACACUGUCAAAAGUGCAUUUGUCAAGAUGGAAAGUGGAUCUGCGUUGUUAAUGAUUGCUCUGGUAAAUGCCAAGUUUAUGGAGAUGGACACUAUCAGACCUUUGAUUUAAAAUCGUACAGAUUUGAUGGGAAUUGUGAAUAUACUCUUGUGGAGGAUGACUGUGGUAAUGGGAAUGGAACUUUUGAAAUCAAGGCAGAGAGUGUUCCCUGCUGUGAUGAGGCUCUGACAUGUUCUCGGGCUAUUGUACUUGAUAUCAAGGAUCAAGUUACUUUAAAAUUAAGUGACAUGAAUGUGACCAUAAACUCACAAAAUCCAAACUCCUGUGAGAUUGAGCCCGUAUACUCAGUUCACACAGUGGGGCUUUACAUAAUUAUCACAGUUCCUAAACUUGGAAUUACCUUGGUGUGGGACAAACAUACCAGAGUCACCAUCCUUCUGGCAUCUAAGUGGAUUAAUGAAGUGUGUGGUCUCUGUGGAAACUUUGACUCAAAUGCAAAAAAUGACCUCCAGACCAGAUCAAAGCUCUCAGUGACGAAAGAACUAGAAUUUGGUAACAGCUGGAAAACAUCUGGUGCCGCUUGUUCUGAUACAGUGAAUGAGACAUUCCCCUGUGAGAGACACUCUUAUUGUUUCACAUGGGCUGAAAGGAGAUGCAGAAUGAUUCUAGAGAAAACAUUUGAAAAAUGUCAUAGCAAGGUGGACCCCAAGUACUAUUAUGAGGUGUGUGUGCAAGAGUCAUGUUCUUGUGAGUUUGAAGGCAAAUUCCUGGGAUUUUGCACAACUGUGGCUGCGUAUGCUGAAGCAUGCAGUGAGGAGGGUGUCUGCAUCCAGUGGAGAACCCCUGACUUGUGCCCUGUAUAUUGUGAUUAUUAUAAUAACCCUGGAGAAUGUAGCUGGCAUUAUGAUCCUUGUGGUAAAGUGAAAACAUGUGGAAAAAACAAUAAGUUCACUGGAAAGCUUGAAGGCUGUUAUCCAAGGUGUCCAGAUGACACACCAUAUUUUGAUGAAAACACAAUGAAAUGUACUACUUUGGGAGACUGCAGUUGUUUUUACAAUGAAAACAUAAUUGAACCUAAUCAAACCAUGAAAAUCUGUGGUCAGACAUGUUAUUGCCUGAAUGGAACACUCAAUUGCAUAUUUACAACAACACCAACAACACCAACAGGUAAUUAUUAA